CGCACCACGGCUCCACUCACAGGCACCACACUCUCAUAGCUUAAGGUGAAGAGCCGCACCCCCACCCAGCAGCCGCCACAUCUCAAUGAACUCAGUCAGCGCGUCUACGUCAUCGUAGGCCUCCAGUGAUGACGGCAAUGCGUUUGGGGUCUCGCCGGUGUCUGGUGGAUGGCGUGUGGGUGCCUUGGGCACGCCCCACCAGUGACGCACACACACGGAGAGCUCACGCCGGGAGAAAUCUGGCGCUCCACUCGCUGGCAAAGGUGACAAAAUCCUGCAGCAAGCAGCACAAAAGGUCCAGCCAAAUGGAGGAGGGAUACGAUCACCUGACGGCAUUCUCACCUGACCGGCAUGACGACGUGGCUCACGGACGGACUGUCGAAGAAGAGCUCCACAUCAGCAGGAGCCCUCAUAAUUGGCGAGCCACACAGAAGAAAAUGCGCCGCAUAGGUCAUGUUCUGGUGCUCAGGCCGCCGCUCUGUCACCACCGGCGCGUCGUCGAUCGUCUGCUUUUCCUCCCCACGCAUCACCAGCAGCCAUCUUCAGCCGGCACUUGAGGUUAUCAAGAGCCGCCAGGUAGCCCACGCGAUUCGCCGCUGCAGAGGGGAUAG